UCCCAUGGACACAGGAGUCUGGCAGGUUACAUGGAGUCUCAAAGAGUUGUACACACUGAGUGACUGAGCACAUCCGUUGGUGGAGGGUUGUUUUGAGAACGGUGUGACCUGGCCUGUUGGUGCCCAGUGAGUGCCAGUUGUUAUUACCGGAUGCCAGGCAUUGGGAUACCAUAGGUAGAAUACUUGGCCCUGGUCUCAGGGAACUGGGAAGAGGGGAGAUAAACAUGUGAAUCCACAGCUGCAACAGGGUUCUUUGGGGUCCUAGCUUAAAAUGAAAAGUGGCAGCACGUGAAAAAAUGCUGAAACGAGUAGUACCUGGUCAGCUAGGAAGUCUUCAUGAACAAAGGAAAGAGCAGUCAGUUUGUAGGUGGUUCAACCUCUUCCCCGCUCCUGUUUUGGUCCAGCAGAUGAUUAACGAUGCACUCGCUUGCUUUCUGAGGAGAGGCCAGAGUGUGAUCUUGACACACUCCCCUUUCUUACUCUUCGUGUUCAUCCCUUUCAGAGAAACUAGAGCUUUAGGUCAGAAUCAAAACGGGCGUCCCUCAGGAUGGAAAGCACAGUCUGGAGUCAACUGCUUGACCCUGGAUGUACCAAGGACACUCAUGUAUGUUUUAGGGUAGAGGAGCAUUGGAUCUCAUCAGUUUCUCAUGAGUCUGGGACCCCAAACUAGUUAAGAACAUGGGCUUGGCAGCAGGCAUUCCCUGAAACACAUGAUCUUGGCCUGGUUGUUCCUCUAAUGUUCUGAGUUGCACACUGGAUACUCUUGCGGUGUAUGAGUAGUGUGUCCCAUGUUUCCCACCAAACUGCCCCACGGCCCUGUGCCCUCUGUCAGCCUGGCCUGCCUGUGGUUGCCAUGGUUCAGGGCUUCAGCUGUGGUGGCUGUGCAGUUUCUUGAACUGACUUCACUGAUGUGUGUAAGGACAACAGCUUGGAAGGCAUGCACAGACUGGACAGUCUUUGUUCCAAGUUGGACAUAAAUCCAUGCCUUACAGAGCUUGGAUCUGGCUACUUUUGGAACCCAGCCAAUGUCAGCCUCUAACCCAUGACAUGGUCUUGUCAGAGAAGCACAAACUUGGGAGAAAUCUGGCAGCUUUGUCAAGCCCUAAGCCCUUCCAUCCUGCGUGCACACAAACUGUUCCCCGUCCCAGGAGAUGUUUCCAGGGCCGAACUGUUCUUCUCGGCGAGUGCUCCAGUUGCCCCGAACAUCUGUUGACCUCAUCUCCACCCAAACGCUGCGGUCUGCAGCCCCACGUCCCCCUCCUCCUAUCCGUCUUCAAGGCUUAGUGCCUCAGCCCUCCCUCUCUCCUGGAAUCCUGUGCCCGCCCCCUCGCGCUGGCCCCAGCCACAGCUUUAAGCUCUUCCUUUGUCAUGGCUCCGCCCAGUCAGGCACACCCGCUGGGGAAGUUUCCUCGUUUCUCAGGAACUCAGAGGUCCGGGGUCUGAGUUUACCCCCAGCGGAGAUGGACCGUCCAAAACCCAAGGUCUUCCCAGUGGGGCACUGCUGCCCCUCCCUGGGAAUGAGAGCCUUGGAGGCUGGCAGCGGAAGGCUCUCAGUGCCACCCUCCAUCAGCAUCUCUCACCUGACCCUGCCAUGCUGGGGCUCGGCCACCUGCCCUGCAGUCUCACGCCCCCUGCCCUCGCCCCGUGCAGCAGGAUCUCGGCCAUGGUGAACGAACCCAGAGGGAACGGCGGCCCUGGCCCCCGCUGGGAGGGCAGCAGCAGCGGCAGUGAGAGCUCCAAGGACAGUUCAAGGUGCUCCACGCCGGGGUUGGACCCCGAGCGAUGUGAGAGACUCCGGGAGAAGAUGAAGCGGAGGAUGGACUCUGGUGACAAGUGGUUCUCCCUAGAGUUCUUCCCUCCCCGAACUGCCCAGGGUGCUGUCAAUCUCAUCUCCAGGUUUGACCGGAUGGGAGCGGGUGGCCCCCUCUUUGUAGACGUGACCUGGCACCCAGCUGGGGAUCCUGGCUCCGACAAGGAGACCUCGUCCAUGGUGAUUGCCAGCACCGCCGUGAACUACUGCGGCCUGGAGACCAUCCUGCACAUGACCUGCUGCCAUCAGAGCCGGGAAGAGAUCACGGGCCACCUGCACAAAGCCAAGCAGCUGGGCCUGAAGAACAUCCUUGCGCUGAGGGGAGACCCCAUAGGUGACCAGUGGGAAGAGGAGGAAGGAGGCUUCAACUAUGCUACGGACUUGGUGAAGCACAUCCGAAACGAGUUUGGUGACUACUUUGACGUCUGUGUGGCAGGUUACCCCAAAGGCCACCCCGAAGGAGAGAGCUUUGAGGCCGAUCUGAAGCACCUGAAGGAGAAGGUGGCUGCGGGAGCUGACUUCAUCAUCACCCAGCUAUUCUUUGAGGCUGACACGUUCUUCCGCUUUGUGAAGGCUUGCUCCGAGAUAGGCAUUACCUGCCCCAUCCUCCCUGGCAUCUUCCCUAUUCAGGGCUACCACUCCCUCCGGCAGCUGGUGAAGCUAUCCAAACUGGAGGUGCCGCAGCAGAUCAAGGAUGUGAUCGAGCCCAUCAAAGACAAUGACGCUGCCAUCCGCAACUACGGCAUCGAGCAGGCUGUGAGCCUGUGCCAGGAGCUGCUGGCCAGUGGCUUGGUGCCAGGCCUCCACUUCUACACCCUCAACCGCGAGGUGGCCACCAUCGAGGUGCUGAAGCGCCUGGGGCUUUGGAUCGAGGACCCCAGGCGUCCCCUGCCCUGGGCCCUCAGUGCCCACCCCAAGCGCCGGGUGGAGGAUGUCCGGCCCAUCUUCUGGGCCUCGAGACCAAAGAGUUACAUUUACCGCACACAGGAGUGGGACGAAUUCCCCAACGGCCGCUGGGGCAAUUCCUCCUCUCCGGCCUUUGGGGAGCUGAAGGACUACUACCUCUUCUACCUAAAGAGCAAGUCCCCGAAGGAAGAGCUGCUGAAGAUGUGGGGGGAGGAGCUGACCAGUGAGGAAAGCGUCUUCCAAGUCUUUGCCCACUACCUCUCGGGAGAGCCCAACCAGAACGGCUACAAAGUGACUUGCCUGCCCUGGAAUGAUGAGCCCCUGGCGGCCGAGACCAGCCUGAUGAAGGAGGAGCUGCUGAGAGUGAACCGGCGGGGCAUCCUCACCAUCAACUCCCAGCCCAACAUCAACGGGAAGCCGUCCUCUGACCCCAUCGUGGGCUGGGGCCCCAGUGGGGGCUAUGUCUUCCAGAAGGCCUACUUAGAGUUCUUCACUUCCCGAGAGACGGUGGAGGCACUUCUGCAGGUGCUGAAGAAGUAUGAGCUCCGGGUGAAUUACCACAUCGUGGAUGUGAAGGGUGAAAAUAUCACCAACGCCCCCGAGCUGCAGCCCAACGCGGUCACCUGGGGCAUCUUCCCUGGCCGAGAGAUCAUCCAGCCCACAGUGGUGGACCCGGUCAGCUUCAUGUUCUGGAAGGAUGAGGCCUUCGCGCUGUGGAUUGAGCAGUGGGGCAAGCUGUAUGAGGAGGAGUCCCCUUCCCGCAUGAUCAUCCAGUACAUCCACGACAACUACUUCCUGGUCAACCUGGUGGACAACGAGUUUCCGCUGGACAACUGCCUGUGGCAGGUGGUGGAAGACACGUUUGAGCUUCUCAGCAGGCCCCCCCAAGACGAGAGGGAGACAGAGGCGCUGUGACCCUGCACCCUGACAACCUUAGCUUGAGGCCUCUGUGUCCCGCCUUCCUCAUCUCCAUCCUGGCUCUCUGAGAGACCCCUAUUCAUUUCUCCCCAGCCCUGGCCUCCACCCUCUGAUACAAUGAUGGCAGCUAGACUGGUGUGAGGUUCCCAGGCUCUGGCUGGACUUGAGUCCACCCCACAUGGGAACCUGGUGUUCCAGCUCAGCUGAGAGUCUGUGCUCUGGUGGGGAGCAGCCCCUUCCACAAGGACCCCAUGGGCAGAACGCCGUCCACCCCGAGAAGGGCUGUUGCUAAUGGAGCCCCGUGGGGCCAGCCUGGGACUGCCAGUGACCUCGCUCCUGGGGCACCAGGAGAACAGGCAAAGUGAACACUGCAGCAGACCCUGUGGGGCUGCAGAGGAGACAAGGUCAUAGCGUCUCAUCCUUCCGCCUCCCAGGCAUUGGCAGCCGGGCGCCACCCAUUUGGGAAUGAAGAGGCAGCCACUGCCCCGCCUGCCAACUGCCCCGUCAGGCAGCGGCCCCUGGACGGACCUUGAACUGAAACCUAAUAGUUUUGGCCUCCUUUUAGCAGAGAGCUCAACUGGGUUUCUCCCCUUUCUACAGUGCUGCUGUUUGAAAGACUUAUCCCCAUGACUCGAGAAACUGCCUAAGGGUUAAAGGUGUUUGAACCCUUGUA